CUUUAAAAAAAUAAAUAUAAAAACACAGUUGUUCGUUCUUAUCGAUCUGUCAAAUUGAGUCCAUCCUGGCCUGGCCUCUUUUGAAUAUUUUCUUUUUUCAAAGUGUUGAAAAUGGUGAGGCAGUGACUCUGUCUGAACUCUCUCUCUUUUGAAUCUUUCCUACUAUCUACUACCUCUGUUAGUUGUUUUGUUUUGUAUGGAUUUGUUGAUAGAAACAGAAACAGUAUCAUUGCUUCCAUGGACAAAAUUUUGGAAUAAACCCUGCUGUUGUGGUUACAGUAGAAGACAACCUCAAUGCAUCCAAACACAAAAUCCGUCGUCGUCUUAGCACAACAAACAUCCACAGAAGAAGAAUACAAAAACAUGGGCGCGGUUAAUACUGAGAAAACAUUUCCUGUAGUCAUUUCUACAUUAUUAUUUGUUGCUUUCUUGCUUCUUUCUUCAUUUUGCCCUGUCGUCAUCUCUGACACUAGUUCCGGCCGCGAUGAUCAUCGUCAUAUAUUGGCAAACCAAACUUUCCGACCAAGGCAAGAAACAAUGAAGCUGAGGAGAAUAAGAGCUUACCUUAAGAAGAUCAACAAGCCCGCAGUGAAGACAAUUCAGAGUCCAGAUGGGGAUCUAAUAGAUUGCGUUCAAUCUCAUCUUCAACCGGCUUUCGACCAUCCUGAGCUAAGAGGAAAGAAACCACUGGAACCUCCCGAGAGGCCCAAAGGUCACACCUCCAAUAAUAACAUUAAUAAUGAUGCAAUGGAAGAGAGUUUUCAGCGGUGGUCAGAUUUCGGGGAAUCAUGUCCGGAAGGGACUGUUCCUAUAAGAAGAACUAGAGAGAAGGAUGUGUUAAGAGCCAGCUCAGUCCGGAGAUUUGGAAGGAAAAUAAUUAGAAGAGUGCGCCGAGACACUAUGAGCAGUGAUCAUGAGCAUGCGGUAGCUUUUGUAAAUGGAGAUGAGUACUAUGGAGCCAAAGCCAACAUAAAUGUAUGGACACCUAGGGUGACGGACCAAUAUGAAUUCAGUCUGUCACAAAUAUGGGUCAUCUCUGGCACAUUUGGCAAUGAUCUUAACACCAUUGAAGCUGGUUGGCAGGUGAGCCCCGGAUUAUAUGGAGAUAACUACCCCAGGUUCUUCACAUAUUGGACGACUGAUGCAUACCAAACCACAGGAUGCUACAACUUGCUAUGCUCCGGCUUUGUACAAACAAACAAUAGGAUUGCUAUAGGGGCAGCAAUAUCACCCAGAUCAUCUUACAAUGCCAGACAAUUUGAUAUUGGCAUAACCAUCUGGAAGGAUCCUAAGCAUGGACACUGGUGGCUGGAGUUUGGGUCAGGACUUCUUAUUGGGUACUGGCCAUCAUUCCUGUUCAGCCAUCUGAGAGGGCAUGCAAGCAUGAUACAAUUUGGAGGAGAAAUAGUUAACUCAAGAUCAACGGGGUCCCACACUGCAACACAAAUGGGUAGUGGUCAUUUUGCAGAUGAAGGGUUUGGCAAGGCAUCAUAUUUUAGGAACUUGCAAACAGUGGACUGGGAUAAUAGCUUGGUUCCUUUGUCAAAUCUUCACCUAUUAGCCGACCAUCCAAACUGUUAUGAUAUCAAAGCGGGAAGAAAUAAUGUUUGGGGAAAUUAUUUUUACUAUGGGGGUCCCGGAAGGAACUCUAAGUGUCCAUAAUCAAAUCAAACUCACAUACAUCAUGCAUGCAAUGGUAGUAGGCAGCUAGCUAGCUAAUUAAGGUAUGUUAUAUGUAUCAGUUUUGAUCUAUCCUAAGCUAGUACUAGUACAGGCUGGGUUUGGGUUUGGGUUAUUUAUUUUCAGAUUCAUUCCAUUUUUAAUUAAUUUCCUACUAUAUAUGUAUAUAUGCCUUCCGGAUUGGAUUUCUUAUU